AUGCAAAGGGGCUUCAACACAUUCGAUAUCCCACGAGAUGUUCAUGCACUGAGUGUUGAGAGCAAGGAGGGAGGUGUUAAAGUCCGCUGGUCCGAUGAUGCGCAUGAGAGUUUUUAUCCUUGGGAUUUCAUCGACUACUAUCUUGAAGAAGAUCAGCCUAUUCCCGAGGAAGUAACGAUCAACACCUUUACCUCCAAAGGCAAUGCUCUGGCCGAAAAGUGGCCCCCAUCAGUCAGCAGCAAAGACAUCGAGAAGGAUGAGACCAAGGCAAUUGGCACCUUGACAAACUACAUCAGAAAAUUCGGAUUUGGCUUCAUUACCGAGGUGCCAUAUGAUACCGCCGAGCCCAGCCAAAAGCUUCUAGAAAAGAUUGCAUUCAUAAGACAAACUCACUACGGCGGCUUCUAUGACUUUGUGCCAGAUCUGGCACUAGCCGACACAGCCUACACCAACAUUGCCCUGGCAGCGCAUACAGACAAUACUUACUUUUCCGACCCAGCUGGACUACAGGCCUUUCACCUACUAUCCCACGUUGACAAGUCUGCCGAAAACGGCCAGGCCUCUCUAGGCGGACAAUCGCUACUGGUGGAUGGGUUUUGGGCGGCCGCCUUGCUCAAGGACGAGGACCCCAAGGCCUGGAAUGUCCUGAGCCGGGUCAAGCUGCCGUGGCAUGCCAGCGGAAACGAGGGCAUCACAAUCUCCCCUGACAAGCUCUACCCCGUUCUCGAGGUGGAUGAGACGACUGGAGAGCUGCAACGAGUUCGAUGGAACAAUGAUGAUCGAGGUGUCGUGCCAUUCCACAACGAAUACUCUCCUGAAGAGUGGUACGAUGCUGCUAGGAAAUGGGAGGCUAUACUGAAGCGCGAAUCUGUUGAGUACUGGUUUCAGUUGACACCAGGCAAUCUUUUGGUCUUUGACAAUUGGAGAGUCCUCCACGGCCGAAGCGCCUUUACUGGCAUCAGACGGAUCUGUGGUGGUUACAUCAACCGGGAUGAUUACAUCUCGCGCUGGAGAAACACAAACUUCCCCCGGGAGGAGAUUAUGCGCAGGGUUGUCGGUUAG